AAAAACCGUGUUCGGCCCUCCCCCAUCCAUUCAAUCGAGAAAUGAAAAGCCCUCAAACCGACAUGCCGACCACCUGCACAACAUCUUCGAGCACCUCCUCCACCUCGGCGGCGGCUGCAGCAGGAGCGGACGACUCGCAGGCAGCCAAAAGCUACCCCGCGAUCCCACCGAUCUACUCGUUACUGCUCUCGCUGCCGUCACUGGUGGCGCCCUUCCUGCCCGCGGACCUGGUGGCCGCCUACCCCACAGCAGUACAGGCGCUGCUCCCGUCACUCGACCCGAUCGAUGCGCGCCUCCGCGAGCUCCUCCCCAAGUCUGCAAACUGGACCCACGAUUUCAUCACGGCGCUGCAGCUCUCGGGGCGCUGGACCCUCGCCACAGACGUGAAAGCGAGCUUUCUGCUUGCGGGGCGCAGCCGCUCGCGCGAGGAGGCCGCCGCCCGCGUGCUCUGGGCCGUGGGCGUCUGGCGCCGCGAUGGCUUCGGUGGCAGGAAGUCUAAGGAGAUUGGGUGGCAGACGGAUGGCCUGCUGGGGGGCUUCCAUGUGCCGGGUAGGGAGUGCGAUAAUGUACAAUUGGCCUCUGGGGACCUGGGUGAGGCCGUGGUGUGGGUCGCUGGGAGGGCGUGGGCCGUAGAGGUGUUCAGGAUGGGAGAGGUGGUGAGCGUGGAGGAGAUAAGGGCGCAGCUGGAGGGGAUUGUGAGGAAGGCGGCUGGGCGGGAAACGGCCAACAUCUCCGUCGCGGCGCUGUCACAUCGUCUCCCGCGGGAACUAUGGGCGAAGACCAAAGCCUCGCUCUCGUCAGAUACGCGGACCAACAUGACCAUGAACCGCCUCUACAGCUCGCUCACCACCCUAGCACUGGAAGACUACGUCCUGCCACACCCGACGUCAGACGCCCUCGAGGACAUCCGCGGCAACUGCGACUCGCCCAACCGCUUCGCCGACCAAACCCUCAGCUUCGUCGUAUACUCCGACGGGGCAGUGGGGAUGACGACCGACCACACCGUAGCAGACUGUUCCGCGGGGCUCGAGACCGCACUCUGGCUAUCCGAGCUCGCCGCAAAAGCAGACGUAGGACGGCGCCUAUACCAAGUGCGGGCACGCCCACCCAAGGAGCUCUCCUUCCCCGCCCUCAUCACCGCAUGCAAGAUGCUACCGAUGUACAACGGGCCACGGGCGGGCGAGCCCGUGCUGUUCACUCCCGCGCCGCGCAAAGCACCGAUGCCACGGGGGUACACCGACAACGUAGCGCGGUCUGUGCGGACGCUGUCUUUGCGGCUGCCCAAGGAGCUGCUGCAGAAGCGGCUGGUGGAUGCGACGCUGCAGCUGGCGCUGCAGGCGGCCGUGGGUAGAGAUACUCCCAUCACACAGAGCGUGUAUCAGCGCGGCACCGCGAAUGCAAGGAGUGAGCCGGUCAUGGCAGUCACCGAGGAGGGCGUGAGGUUCAUCGAGAUGCUCGCCGACGCGGAUGUGCCGCCUGAAGAAAGGGAGACGGCGUUUCAGGUAGCGGUUGCCGCGAGGGGAGAGAGGAUAAAAUCAAAUACCUUCCCCUUCUACCGCAACCUAUUCCUGCACCCUUCGUUCUCAAUGCUGCCGCCAUCACCCGAGCUAUCCACGAUUCUCGCAGUGCUCCACGUCGCGUCCGGCGCACCGGUGGAAUGCGAGCAGCCAGGCAGCAACGUGCAGUUCACGGGGUUCACCAUCUCGAAAAACGACAAUGUCGCUGCCGCGUCGAGCAAUCUCUACCUCGAGCAGCAGCUGGUCGCCUGCUACCUGGCAAAGGUCGACGAAGACCAGGAGGAAGACGACGGCAGCGUCGAGAUCACGUUUAGUGCCUCGGGCGAGUUUUGGAGAGCGGAGUUGGACGAUGUGGUACUGAGCUUUGCCGGCGUGUGGGAGUUGAUUCUAGAGGCGGCUCUGGGACGCGGAGGUGGGUGGGAAGGUGUGGUAUAGAGUACGCACCUACCGUAUACGUACCUUGUAGAUAGACUUGGGUUGUGUAAUGUGAAUAAUAGAUGUCCGCUUUCUAUUACUUU